UGCAUAACCAGCUGCAUAUUGGAAGUUAAGACUAAUAUACUGCAUUUACAGCUUAGAUAGCAUUAUAUUAAUUAGAAAUCAAGAUGUUAGUACAAAGAAAAAGUACAAGGCUUUCUGGGAAAAGGAAAUUGGAAGGCGCAGAUUCCUCGGUCGUAAACAAAUCGCCUAAAAAGUCGAGGAAAGUUGAAAUUUCAGGCGAUAGACCACAUUCAGAGGUUAAAAGGCUUGCUGUACAAUUAACAAAAAUAGAAAGUAAAAACGAACCAAAUGGUGUGAAUGAAGACAGUGAUGAAGAACUGGCAUCAGUUAAUGGUGAUGACGAACAGCAAUUGACUUCAUAUGAAUUAGAAAGACUUCUAAAUAUUCAGAAGAACGAGAGCUUUUUUAAGCAGCUGAAUUUUCACGAGGCAAAAUCUUCAUUCAAUGAAUCUAUUGGCAAACCUCCAAGGGUAAAAAGGACAGAGAAAUAUGGCUUGAAAAGGGAAAAGAAAGAGAAAAUUCAGGAGCCAGUGGUUAGAAGGGUCUCCAUGAGAAUCAGAAGAAUGGACCCAACAGGUCUUCCACUUCCAGAAUUGCCGGAUUCAAAGGGGGCAUUCCAGUCUCCCCAGAUUCGUUAUUACCCAAGGAUUUUAAACAGAAUAGGUCUGCACAGUAUUGACAUUGGAAAUGCUGAAAGAAGGGUUCGAAAAAGUAGUGAAGCUUUAAAGAUGGAAUCAUACAACAACAUUGAAAAUGAUAUUUGCAAGAAUGUGAUCCAAGAGUGGUGCAACCACUGCAACCAGAAAACAACACAUACCAAAUCUGGAGAAGAAUUUGAUUUUGAAAGGUACAAAAAAGGAAUCCAAAAUUUGAGCAUUGCUGACAACCAUGCAGCCAAGGUUGUACCAGAAAGAAUAUUUGCUCUAACUGUUCAUCCGAUGGAAACCAAACUUCUGGUAUUUGCAGGGGACAAAUGGGGAAAAGUUGGCAUCUGGGACGUGGAUUCUAAAGAGGGCCAUGAUGGUGUAUUUCUGUUUGAGCCGCACACAAGACCUAUCAAUGUAAUCAGCCUUGAUCCCUGUGAUGAUGCAAAAGUAUUUACCUGCUCAUAUGAUGGUACAAUCCGUUGCGGUGAUUUGCACAAUCAGCAAUUUCUGCAGGUUUAUGAAACACCAGAGGAAGAUGACAUCUUGAUUAAUGCAUUUUGCUGGGUGGCAAAAUCAAAAGGAUCAAUAAUGGUUGCAAAAAAUGAUUAUACUGUUGGACUCGUGGAUGUGAGAUCUGGAAAGGAAGAGAACAAUUUUGUAGCCCAUGCAAAAUCAGUAAGAUGGGUGGACUGCCAUCCAGUGAAUGAGCAUUAUGUUGUUACAUCAUGUCAAGAUGGGUCUGUGGCAACCUGGGAUCUCCGGAAAACAAAAAACAUAAAAUCAAAACUGAGUGAAGUUUGGGGAAGUCGUGUUGCAUCUUCAGCUUACUUUUCACCUCAAACUGGAAACCAAGUUCUGGUGACUUCGCUUGAUGAUACAAUUAGGGUUUAUGAUGUCAACAUCAACGGAACACUAAAUAACCAACCAAGGUGUAAUAUAAGGCAUAAUAACCAAACUGGGAGGUGGUUGACAAAAUUCAGAGCUACAUGGGACCCAAAAACUGAUAAUUGUUUUGUUGUUGGCAGCAUGAACAGACCAAGAGCAGUAGACUUCUACAACACUGAUGGAAAAGGGACUUUAAUUACACAAAUGUGGCAUGAAAACUUCACAUCAAUAACAUCACUAAACACUUUCCACCCAACAUUGAAUCUGGUGGCUGGGGGAAAUUCAAGUGGCAAGGUUUUCAUUUGGAAAUGAGAAGAACAGGAUUGAAAUUGCUUUUGAUUUGCUAAAUUUACAAAAUAUUUGCUGAAUAUGUAUUAUAUUAUUAACAAGAAAAGGCUGUUUUGUAAACCAUCUUUUUAUGGCAAAUAAUGUUUUCAGUAACAACAUGGACAUUGAAUUGUACUUUUACAUUUUAUAAUUUCAUUGUAAAAAUAUAUAUUUGUUAUAUACUAUGUAUAAUAUGAUCUUUAACUAAAAGGUUGUUUCAUUAUCAAGAACAUUCUAUGUUUUUAGGCAAAAAAAAGAUUCCCGAAAAAUGUUGAAAAAUCCCUACUACUUGCUAACAGAUUUAUGUUUAUUGUCAGUAGACAAUUUCAAGAUUAAAUUUUCUGCCUGGAUUUGCAUUGUAUAAAACUAUUAAUUAAUCAGUGCUCAUGAUGUUAAUCACAUACAAACAUACUUUUUUCUAUGAUUCGUAGAUCUACCAAAACAUGUCUUAAUGCUGCUAUGAAGAAAUAACUUUUUUAAUGUCUACCUCAGU